ACCUCAAUCGAUGACAGUAGCUGGCCCGGGAUCGUCGAAGUCAUACCAGGCGGUCGCGGCAGCCGCCACAAGCGCCACGCAUAACCACCCUCUUCAUGGGGUCGGUUUCUUCUCAAAGCUCUUCUUCUCCUGGGCAGGUCCGCUGCUCACUCUUGGCCACGAGCGUCGAUUGGAUCCAGCUGACAUGUGGCCUCUGCAAUCCGACAACAAGUGCGUGUCUGUGAGCGCAAUAUUCGAGCCCAAAUUCCGUGCGUCUCGGUCCAUCCUGUGGGCGAUUUUCUCGACCCAUCGCCUCGAUCUCUUCCUUGUGGCGUUGUUACAGGCAAUCUCCUUGGGUGGCACUCUGUUUGCACCGGUGGUGCUCAAGGAAAUCCUGCAGCAGCUCGAGAGUUCGACGGGUUUCGAUUUGCAGGCUGUUUUGUGGUAUGUGUUUGCCCUUGUGGCGGCAAAACUCGUGCAAGCGCUGGCGUCCACCCAUUCCAACUUGAAGAAUCAACUGGUUAUGGUGCGCAUCACGUCGGCACUGCAGCACCUGCUGUUCCAAAAGGCCCUGCGGUUGGCAUCAUCGUGUCGUCGGGACAAAAGCACGGGCGAAGUGGCCAACUUGUUCUCGUCUGACAUCCAGUGGAUCAUUGGGUUUGCGAUUUCGUCAAACCAAGUGUGGCUCCUGCCUCUGCAAGUGGCCGUGACGCUGGUGUUGCUGUACAACUUGCUUGGGUGGGCGUCGUUGCUGGGCUCAGCCACGAUCUUCGUUGUACUUGUGGGCAACCACUUUUUAGCCAUGGCACAGAAACGCAUAUUGCAAGCGCUCAUGGAGCUCAAAGACGACCGCAUGAAGUCUGUCAACGAAGUGUUUGGGGCAAUGCAAGUGAUCAAGUUCAACGCAUGGGAAGAGAAGUUCGAGGCGAAAAUCCACGGCCAGCGGGCACUCGAGCUCGACCAAGUCUGGAACUUGUUUGCGCUGCAAGCCACCCAGAUGGCAAUCAUGUACAUCGCCCCAGUGGCCGUGACCAUCACGUCGUUCGCCACGUACACGUUGGUCAUGCAUGAAACCCUCAGCGCGUCCAAGAUGUUCACGGCGCUGUCGUUGUUUGCGCUGCUGCGGUACCCCCUCUCGGCGCUUCCCCAGGUGGUCGCGAGUUUGCUGCAAGCGCUCGUGGCCAUUCAACGGUUCAUGGACUUUUUAAACAUGGACGAACACGACUCGACGGUCGUGCUGACCCCCCACACGGUCUCUUCCAGUCAGUUGGGGCUGUACCACGCCAACAGCGUUCACGUGCACAUUGACAACGCCAGCUUUGGCUGGGCCCCCCAAUGCCCGAUCUACUUUCAUUGGAACCUGACUGUCAAGCGGGGGGAGCUAGCCGUCGUGCACGGUCACGUGGGCCAAGGCAAGUCGUCUCUCUGUAGCGCCUUGCUUGGCGAAAUGAUCAAAGUCGACGGGGCAGUGUACGUGGGGGGGUCUGUUGGGUAUUUUUCGCAGCAGCCGUGGAUUCAAAACCUCACUGUGCGGGAGAACAUUCUCUUUGGCAAGCCCUAUGACCGCGUCAAGUACCACAACGUGAUUGAAGCGUGCGCGUUGACGAAAGACUUGGCGGCGUUCCCCGCGGGCGACCGGACUGAGAUCGGCCAGAAAGGCGUUAAUGUGUCUGGGGGGCAGAAGGCGCGCAUCAGUUUGGCCCGCGCGUGCUACAGUGACGCAGAUAUUUUCAUCUUGGACUCGCCGCUGUCGGCCGUGGAUGCCAUCGUGCAAAACGAGAUUUUCACCAAGUGUUUUCUCGGACUACUUCGACAUAAAACAGUGCUGCUUGUGACGCACUCGCCCGAAAUCAUUGCGUCGCCCCACGUCGAUCGAUUGAUUGAGAUUGUUGACGGCAACCUUCUUGUGAUCGAAAAGCACAAGACUCCUCGUGAUUCGUCCUCUGAGGAUGACCGCCUGCCGCCGCCGUUGGUCCCCCCGCUCCGGGCAUCCCGUAGCCACGAGUGGAGCGACGACGACAACGGGCUGGACGAUGGUAAUGAUGACGACGUGGCAGCAUCAACCCGGAUCCACAACCACGACCUGUUCGUCACCCCCACCGCGUCGUCGCCGUUUCCGCUGCAAUACGACGGCGCCGUGUUUACCCCCGUGGACUUGAUAUCGUCGGCAACGUUUGAAGACCACCACGGCAAACUCAUUUUCGACGAAGAACGAUCCGAAGGGCGGGUAUCGUCGGCCGUGUUUCAAGGGUACUUGGACGCCAUCGGGGGCUGGCCGGUGGUUGCCACUUGGGUGCUUUUGCUCUCGUCGUGGCAACUGCUCAUCGUUUCGAGCGACUUGUGGCUCAGCCGGUGGACCAGCGUUGCAGCAUCCUCUGCGGCAGAGGACGACGACGACGCGGCGGUGGCGGGGACCUCGACGUACUACCUCUGCGUGUACGCGGCGCUGUCGGCGUCUGGCGUCGUCAUGACAGUCUUGCGGACGUACACGAUCUUGAUGUCUUGUCUGCGGGCGUCCCGUCGCCUCUUUGACGCGAUGAACAAGGCGUUGCUUCGUGCACCCAUGCGUUUCUUCGACACCAACCCCCUCGGCCGUCUCCUGAACCGGUUCAGCAACGACAUGAACACCGUCGACACGCAGUUGCCGCUGCUGCUGAGUGGGAUGCUCGCGCUCGUGUUUAUGACACUGUUCCAGCUUGGUACGACCCUUGUCGUGAUUCGGUACAUGGGUCUCGUGAUCGUGCCGCUGCUGUACAUGUACCUGCGCAUGGCGGCGUUCUUCGUCCACCCCGCCCGCGCCAUCGAGCGUGUCAAUAAAACGACUAAGUCGCCCAUGUUGAACCUCAUUUCCGAAGCGAUCGAAGGCGCGCUGGUUGUGCGUGCGUUCGGGUCCAACCAAGUGCGCCGCUUCCAUCGAAUGCAUCACCGCAACGUCGACACCAACAACCAAGCGUACGUGGCGGCGCAAGUGGUCAACCAGUGGUUCUCGCUGCGCAUUCAGCUGCUCAGCACGGUGCUGCUGCUCGUGAUCUCCCUCUCGCUCGUGUUUCUUCGGGACGUGUUGUCCCCCGGGCUCAUCGGACUCGUGUUUAGCUACUUGUUUACGAUCUUGCCGUGGUUUGAAAUCAUCGUGAACCUCUGGUCGUCGUUUGAAACGUUCAUGGUCGGUCCAGAACGUGUGUCCGAGUACGCCCACCUAGCGAGCGAGCCGCCGCGAGUCGUGUCGGGCGCCGUGCCCGCGUCGUGGCCGUCCUCCGGCGACAUCCGGUUUGAACACGUGUCGUUCCGGUACAAACCCCACGACCCCCUCGUGCUCCAAGACGUUGUGGCCCAUAUCCGGUCGGGUGAAAAGAUCGGCAUUGUGGGGCGCACGGGCGCCGGCAAGUCGAGUCUGACCAUGGCGCUGUUCCGCAUCAACGAUGUAGCGAGCGGGGUCAUUCGUGUCGACGGCGUGGACAUUGCGACCGUGGGCGUCAAGACGCUAAGAUCUGCCAUCGCCAUCAUCCCCCAAAACCCCGUGCUCUUCAAAGGUUCACUGCGAAACUACUUGGACCCGUUCGACGAAUUCUCGGACGCGGACCUUUGGGAUGCCCUCGCCCACGUCCGGCUCGGCGGUCGCAUCGGUGCCGUCGCUGGCGGACUCGAUAGCCCCGUGGAAGAAAACGGAGAGAACUUUAGCGUCGGCGAGCGGCAGAUGCUGUGCAUGGGCCGCGCACUGCUCCGCCAAGCGCGCAUCGUCGUGAUGGACGAAGCCACGGCGGCCAUCGACCACAACACGGACCAAGCGCUGCAGCAUGUGAUUCGCACCGAGUUUGCGUCGUCCACAGUGCUCACGAUCGCCCAUCGUCUCGACACUGUGCUGGAUUCCGACCGGAUUUUUGUGUUUGACUACGGCCGGCUGGUGCAGUGCGAUGCCCCCGCGGCGCUGAUUGAAGCGGGCACCGGCAUUUUCUACGAGCUUUGCCAUGAAGGCGGGUAUCUUGACAAGGUCGUGGGCUCGACGCCCAAGUGACGACGGCGGAUCCUUGCGUGAAUUGUGCUGCUUUGCUUGCAGUUAGUUACUAAAAAUAACGGUAGUGGUCUUAACAGAGCCAAGACAAGAGCAACGUCGCGUGAAGCGUGUUGAUGUAUUCUUAUCUGAAAACGUGACUGACAGCUCUAUACAUUCGGUGUUGAAAUGAC